AUGGUGGCUCGAAGGGCCGCGCGUGGCGGAUGGAGACUUCGGGGCACCGAGCGAGCCGUGGCACUGCCGGCACUGCCCCGUGGUGCCGACCGCACCGGCAGCUCCGACUUGUGUCGCUCUGCUGUGAUGAGUGGUGCAGCCAGCAGCUCCGUUGGCCCCGUGGGGCCCUUCUUCCGUCACCCCCCAGCAGAGGAGAUGAAGCAGUCGGUGAGAGGGGACCUGCUGAGCGAGGACCCUUUUAAGAUGGCACGUUUUGCAUUGGCAUCCUCAGAAGGCUUGUCUGGAGGCCUGCAGCGCUGGGUCGGAGCGCAACGUGUUGCUGUCGGCUCCCUGCGGAACGCGCUGCGUUUCGGCUGCCGCCCCGCGAUGUGCGAGGCGGGGCUGCUGGCACCGGAGCCCUGCGAGGCGGCGCGGCGCUACGGCGAGUCGUCGGACACCUGCUGCCGUAUGGACCGCUGGCAGAGGCUGCGCACCGCCGUCCGGAGGCUGGAGUUCUGGGAAAGCUUCAGCGCCGAGCUGGUCGGGAGCGGCUUCUUCUCCAAGGUGUACAAGGUGACCCAGGCUGCUGCUGCUUGUAAAGUGAUGGUGGUGAAGAUCUACAAGAAUGAUGUGGACCAGGAGGUGAUAGUGCGUGAGAUCAGCCUGCUGCAGAAGCUCUCCCACCCCAACAUCGUCAGGUACCUUGGGAUAUGCGUAAAGGAUGACAAGCUGUACCCCAUUCUGGAGUAUGUGAAUGGGGGCUGCCUGGAGGAGCUCCUGGCCAGCAAAGACAUUGCUUUGUCAUGGAAGGAGAAGGUGGACUUAGCUUCUGACAUCACCAGAGGCAUGAUCUACCUGCACUCCAAGAACAUCUACCACCGAGAUCUCAACUCCAAGAACUGCCUCAUCCGAGUGACACCGCGUGGCCGCGAGGCGCUGGUGGCAGACUUUGGGCUGGCCAGAGAAGUGGUGGAGCUGCCUGUGCAGUAUGCAGAGAGGAAGCUGUCCCUGGUGGGCUCUGCCUUCUGGAUGGCUCCUGAGAUGCUGCGGGGAGAGCCCUACGACAGGAAGGUGGAUGUGUUUUCCUUUGGCAUUGUGCUCUGUGAAAUCCUGGGCAGGAUCCCAGCAGAUCCCGAAGUACUUCCCAGAACUCAGGACUAUGGCCUGGAUGUCGCUGCUUUCUGCAGGAUGGUCAGCGGAUGCCCUCGGCGGGUGCUGGACCUUGCUGCCUGUUGCUGUCGGGUGGAAGCGUUCAAGAGGCCGUAUUUCUCCGAUAUCUUGGAUGAAUUGGAAGACGUUGCAGAGAGCCUGGAGCCCAGGAAGGACAAUCCACUUUUGAGCUGAGCUGUGGGCCCCCUGCAAAGCCCGAUGGAUGGACUGUAAAUGGAGGGUCAGAAGUGAAGAAAGAGGGUGGAGAACGGAAGAACUAAGUGACCCACUGGUAUUUAUUUAAUCAUAGUCUCAGUCUCUAAUUUCUGAGAUUGAAAAAUGGAGAGGAGACUUAACCAAGGUCUUAUCUGAGGUUUUUAACAGAUGUAAUUCAGACAGCAAACAGCCUUUGUUGGCUUGUUAAAAGUAAAUGAUCCUGGAUGGCAAGUCAGGGACCUGGAUUCCCUUAGAGGAUGCUUUCCAAAUCCUCUACAGAAGUGCAGCCCUCUCUUGCUUCCCUGCGCUCCCUGGGCUCAUGGCUUUCUCCUUCCACGUCCCCUCUGUGCUUGGGGAACCUCUGUAGGGGCUGGAAUCCCUGUGGAGCAAAGCUGGGGGCUUUGAGGCACACAGAGAGCCUCAGAGUUGCCGUAUGCUGCAAAGCCUUAAAACCCUCCUUGGGUGGCCCCACAGGGAUGGCUGCAUUGUGUAGAGAUGCUGGUGGGGCACACCAGCAUUCAGUGAGGCUCUGGGGAGCAGUGUGGAAGGUGUGCCUCGCCGAGGUGUGAGCCAACCAACCAGUAUCUCCUCUCAGAACUGGGGCUGUGCUCUGUCCCAGCACUGCGGCUAUCUGGAUUUCUCCCCACAGCCCUCUGUCAGGGUUUGGAGGUGGGAGAGGUGCACCUCUUAUCCUUCCACAGGUCUCCAGUUCAGCUGGUUGCCAGGCCUCAUUGGGAGGGAUGUGUUGUACUUAGGACCGAAAUAUCUGUGGUUGUCAGUAGGUGUGAUGGCUUUGUGGCCGUGGAGCUGUGUCUCUUCUUGUACAUUGUAAGCUCUUGGAAUAGGGGCCCUUUGUGCACCAAAAAGCACUUGUACAUUGUAUAAUGAGGUGUGCAAAUAGCAUUGCAGACCUACAUGUGGACCUGAUCUCGAGAUCUUGGGCAGAAUUUGGUGUCACAUGUGGCUCAGUGUCUCUGUGCCCUGGCACCCACAUAAAGGAGUGACAGUAGUGUGCUGAGAUGGAUGUUGUGGUGGAGUGCAGUGUUUUCAGCAGAGAUUCUUCAUGAUAAGGAAGAUGAAACACACUGAAUGGCACCAGGACCAUUGGCCCAGCCACAUGUCCAGAGAAUCCUCCAUCCCUGGAGCUACUGUUGUGCUUUUCUGGGUUGUGACAGCUGUGCACAGGAAAUCUGCUCAACAGCAACACACCAGCAAACAGCUUCCUGCUGGGGAGUGCUGCCAGUAGGAGGAGUGAAGCCUCGGGAAGCAGAAGACCAAAAAGGAUGGAAGCUUUUCAACCUGGUGGAAGGCAGAGUUCCAACUUUUUUAUUUGACCAGUGGAGUGAAAUGGACUGUAAUGGCAGUGGAAACAGCACUGAUGUACCCUUGUGUCUUCAGGGGCAGCCAGCCACCACCAGCACUGCAGCAGUUGGUCCCUCUGCUGUGGGCUUGCCCCAGACCACCAGCACUGUCCCCAGUUCUUGGACAUGAUGGGAGGGUCUUUGCGAGCCUCAUGGGCCAGGGGGGUCUGCAUGCUCUCCUGGAGGCAGAGGGCAGCGGUUGGACACAGCUGGACUGGGUUAUGCAGCUCAGAGCAGGGAAUGACACUUUCUGUCUGCUGACAUCUGUAUGGCUGUGAGAUUGCAUCUGCUUGGCAUCCCGAGGGCAGCCAUGGGUGGGUACAGAGCUGUGUUUCUGCUGAGCUUUCUGUCUGCCCCCUCCGCUCCCACGGAAGAGACAUCUAGCCCCAUGCUGAGUCUCAGGUGACAAAGGAGAUCUUUGCUAGAAGGACUUGUGGUUCUGCUGCUGCCUGGCUCCAUGGCCAUUUCAUCCUGUGCAGAGUGCUGCUGCUGAGGCACAGCACCAAACACAAUGAACAUCUUCAUGCUCUGUCAGCACAGCUGGCAGGAUAAAACCUUGGUGAAGACAGAGCACUGUUAGCUGUGAGAAAGUGGUGCUUUGCCUGUGGUGCCAUUGGUGCCCGUGGCGUGGGGCUCCUUACAGCAUCUGUUGCUUCAACUAGGGGCACAGCAGCAGCACAAGCACCAUGCAAAGGGCAGUGGGUUCACCUUUUCCAUCCUAGCAGCCCAUGAUGAGCUGAAGGGACCAAAGCACAGUGAAAUAACUUCUCUUCCCCUGACGCAGCUUGUUUUGUGCUGACUCAUAAAUGGCACUGGUUGUUUUUCAGUGCAGCUGCCUUACAAGGACAGCUUAAAAAGUCAGAGGGAGAUGUUUUCUUUUAGACCACCACAUCCAGUGCAAACAAAUGCAAAUUGUAUGGAGGUGCUGAAGCUGUUUUAUUACAUUCCCAUGUGAGCAGUUGUUGGUGUUAGGUAGGAAGGAGAUCUCUCCUUCCAAAUCUCCAUCCCUUAAAGUCUGUCAUCUUUCAGUUCUGGCUGUGAAAUCUUGGGUGCGUGGAAGAACUGCCGUGUUCCUCCCUGCGAAGAACUGCUGCAGAGUCCCUGGGUGCUGGCAGCAAUCCCACGGGUGUUGGGCCGUCCCAAACUGCACAGGAAUAUCUCUGAAAGUGGCUCUCACUGGCUACAGGGCUGCUUCCCCUUUUGGCACCAGCCAGCCAUCAGAGCUGCUUCCAGCUGCUCACCUCCUUGCUCCCUGUCCUGGAGUGAAGCAGAAAGCAGGUUCUCACCUCAUCCCCUGUCCUUGUCCAUUGUGAUUUACACCAGGGGGAACAACAGGAGGAACCCAGGGAUGCUGUUAUUCCUGGUCUUCAGGGCCACUCCUUUCCAGAGCUGCUGAAGAGCAAAAACAAAAUGCAAACCUAAUUCUUGAGCUUUCUGGGACACAGAAAAGCUGAGGUGAGCAGUGACCACCGGGAUCAUCAGAGACUGACUGGAGCUAUUCUGCUUUUCUUCUGGAGAGACUCAUGGGAAGGACAGCUAGCAAGAGGCACUAGAUGGCAUGCUGACAGUUUGGGGGUAUGUUCCUUUAGGGCAUGUCCUUUACAACAUCUCAGGACUCCUCUCUGCACCUUCCACACUGUCAGGUGUAGGAGCUGAUGGAGGUGCAAGAACCACUCUUGGAGAAGUGGGAUCUCUGGGUUGGUGACAGUGACAUCUCUGGUGACAGUCACCAGACCUUGGAGGCUGCAUGGAGGAAGGUGCUCUUCCUGUCUGCAGUUACAGCAGUGCCCUGUGUGCUCAGGGUCUGCUUCCUUCUCCUCACCAUGUUUCCCUGCAACUCCAAGCAGCAGGACCUUUGCUGUGUGGCUUCUUUAGGAUCACUGUACCCUAGACUGCAUCAACUCCACUAAGUUCUGAAUAACUACAGAGGAAAUCCACGUGGACUAGUGCAUAUUGGAUAUGAUGUAUGUCUCCCCAGGGGGAUGGAUCCUGACCUAGUGCUUCAGUUCUUCCUGGCUGGAGUCUGUGCAAGCCCCCUCCAUGGCUGCUGUAGCUAUGGGACUUGGGGAGGGCUGUGAAGCCCUGAGGACCCUCUCCUUCACACAGCUGUAUCACUGCAGGGAGCGCUUUCCUGCCUUGCAGAAGGGGCUGCAGUGCCAACUCACUGUUGUUGGUUGAGGGAUGCAGGAGAGCAUCAUUCUCCUCUCCAGCCAGGCGCCACCCACCUCCCCCAGUGCUGGUGGUGUGGGCAUGAGGUGCUGGGAAGGGACAGCCCCAGCUCAGUUGACCUUGGGGGUCAGCUUGCUGCACACUUGUGCGCCAAGUGUGAUAAAUAUGGGAUCCUGCAGAACCCACACAAAUAAAUACACUAUUUCCACUGAUUGAUGUGUCACUGUAAUGCAGUUAACAUUUGGUUUCCACAGUGUCUCCUUCUACGAGGCUUGACUUGGGACUGCUGUACUGUCCUAGUGCCACUCACUGCUGGACAGACUGUUUUUUCCAGCUCUUGGUCCACAGUGGCAAAAGAGAGAUCCUGAAAACACAGGAAUGGCUGGAGCUGGCUCUGGGCCUUUCCAGUUUGUUGUGAGAUUUGUUGGGCAAUGGGGAAGAGAAUUCAGUGCCUUUCCGGCAGCUCUUGGAUCCAACAGGAAAAAAGGCUGCAAAAACACUGAAGGUUUAGUGUACGUAGAUUAGAGACAAGAAUACCAGGAUGUGCCACGUAGGGUCAGACCAUCUGAGAGUUUUACUGAAAAACAGUAGCCUUACCACCCAGGUAGUCUUUUCAUCAAAUCUUUACAUUCAGAAAAGCUUACUCAGCAUCAGCAGGGCUGCUGGAGAUAGAGCAGGAUUAAAGUCAGGGCUUACAAAAGCUCAAAGCAGUACUGCUCCCUUCUGAUCUCUAAAGGCUACAGCUGCUCUGGGCCAAAGGCACAACUUAUAGUGUCCUUCUUGGUCUGAUCUCGCCCUCAAACAAUGUGAUGUUUUCUGUCUUCUGUUGGGUGGCAUCUGCCAGUGCCAGUCAGACAUCCUCCUGCGCUACUGGCCUGAAUUUCACUUCUGUUCAUUUAUGGGAGUAAUGGCAUUCUUUGCCCGUCUUCCAGUUGAUGCUGUCAGCACAGCUCCCACGUGCACCCGGCCGGUACGUGCUGCUGAGGUUAGAGGCAUGUGUGGCAGUCGUUGCACCACCACCCUCCUUGGAGACUGUGGCACAGUUGAAGGAUCUCAUGUCAUUGCCCUGAUCUGCUGUUGAAAAUGACAUGGCCUCAUGCUAUGAUAAAGAGUCUCCUGCAGGGAGAACACACUCACAGUUACUGCAGUAGUGCAAAAGGGAACCUCGUGUUCCUGAGCACCAACUGCAGGGCAGCAGGGGCCUGGUUGGAUGUAAGGCAGUUUGUUUGAAUCCCAUUCUCUUGGUUGCCUGCAUAGUCUCCUUGGUCACCCAGAAAAGGAGCGGUAUCCUGAGUUCUGCUAGGACUGCUAACACACGCAGAGAACCCACCUAUGGUUGUGCAGCACAUGGGCCAGAUUCUGCCUGCAGUCACACAGGUGUCCACUUUCUUGCACCGCUUGCAUUCUCUGCACUUUCUGAGGUCUGGACCAGCAGACAGUGUGCAAAGCUCAUAAACCCAGAGCACUGCUAUCUCACUUGUUGGUUUCACUCGUUCCCACGUGAAGGAUAUUGAAUUUUGCAGAGUAUUUGUAUGUUUUUUAAGAAGAAACAACAACACAACCCCAACAUACCAGGUAACCUGAUUCUGCAUUUGUUGCUGAAGUACAUGGCAGGACUUGUAGGUAGCACUCUGGGUCACACAUUUGCAGGGGGUGCACAUCCCUUUCCUUCCCUGCACCCAGAGGUCACUGCAUCUGGGUCACCACAGGCAGUUUUUAAGUACUGACCCAAAAUGUAGGUUGUGCAAGGACUCUAUGUGACACUGCUCUAGGCUGUAAAUGCUGAAUGUUACUGAAAUGCUUUGGGAAAGUCCUUCAAGUAAGUUGCUCACUUACCAGCAUUCCCACCGAGGAAGUCUCCCAGAACCAGUUUGUAUUUCUCAGACUCUCCUAAAACUUGGAAGGAAGCAUACUUGGCAAAAUAGUAGCUGUUGUUGAAGUCUCUCAGGUCAAUGCUCCUAAAAGAGGAGGAGGACAGUGGUUCUGUUGGGCUGGUGGUAAGCAUUCAACUGGGAUUCAGAAGAUGGGGUAAAGGAGCCCUCAGCUGACUUGAGAGGAGCUGCCACUGCUGGAGAGAUUGUGAUAGACAUCAAAUUCCUGCAGAACUGCCUGUCCUGUACAUCACUGUGAAUCCAAGGCUGUCUGUGGGCAACAUGACUGUUCUCACAGUGUCGACAGGGAGAUGUGUUAUCUCCAGGAUAAGUCAUGCAGGCAGCUCAUUCAAUUCUCUGACUUCUCUUUUUAGAGUGAAUAUCUGUGGUGCAUUGGGCUGCAGGAGCCUGCAUGCUGGUUAGGAUUACCUUUGGGGCCCAGGAGGAAUGUGGGAUGCUCAAGUCUGUUAAUGGCAGUGCUGUGCAGUGAUUGCAUUCUGCCCCAGUCCGGGGAGCAGGCAGCCCUUACCCAGAGAGGUGAGGAAGUGAAGGUUGUCAUUCCCCAGCCAGAACUCCAUCAGCUGGUUGCCAAAUCCUCGUUCGUAUGAAUUCCAGUCUCGCAAAAAAUUCACUGACCCAUCCAAGCAUCUCUGGAAAACCUGUGGGAAAUGAGAAGUCCAUCCCUGCCAGUCGUUCUGCUCCAGAAGCCCCACUGCCUGCCUGCUGGUGGCAUGGCCUCAGCAAAGCCCCACUGCCUACACCACUCCAGAGGGCAGCUGGGAGUGCUGAACCUGACUGCAGAUCUCUCUCCGCAAAUUCCCUUCCUCUGUGCUUGGAAAUGAGGAGGAGUUUGCUGGCUGAGCAGGAAUGGGUGGGUUUGGGGUGCUCAGCCUGCUCCCAGACACGUCUCCCAAAAGAAUCCCCUGCAUUCACCCAGGCUUGGUCACAGGAACUUCAGCUGCCCUCUCCACCUGGCUUCACUUCUCCUUAGUGCCUUCCUCCCUUUUUAUUGCUAUUUUAGUGCUAUCAUUUGAAGUCUCAAUAAAAAUCACAGUAGGGAAAUAAAAGCUUCCCUCUCCCCAUCCUACUCACAAUCCAUCCUCCACCAUCCGUGUCCAUACCGCAGAAGACAGUGGUAGCAUUGCAGCCUUGGGGGUGCAUGGUGAUCAGGAUCUUGCCUUUAUCCAGCAGCUCCUGGCAGUUCCUGGCUUUUGAGCAGACUAGGGAAAGAGUGGAAGUGGAAGGAGUUACAGUGUGCUCACUGCAACAGAGAGCACUACAGCCCCAAGCCCAGCCUUGCAGGUGUGCACCUACAUCAGACAAAUCCUGCUCCUUGAGCCACUAAUCACAGGGUGAUGGGCACUUUCUAAAAGAUAGAUGUGCUCAGAUCUCUCUCAUCUGCAAGGAGGCUUUGGAGAGUCUGAAGAUGCGCUUACCAGAUGUAGGUGUCCUUACCAACCCCAGCCUGGAGGGAUUACAAGGAGCCACACACAAGCUGCACAUGGCUGUGAGAAGCAAACAGGCCUACUGCUAUUUCCUUACUCUGCGUUUUGGUGUCACUACAAACUGGUUACUGCUGCUGCCUUGUCCUGACCUCUGGUGCUGGGCUUCUGCCUCCUUGCUGUCGUCACUGUGCUGUUCCACAGUGCUGAUGGUGGCACAAAAGGCCCAGGACAAAACUCACCAAAGGUUCUGGAAAUCCUGGCUCUCUUUUUGCUCCUGUUGGGCAAACAACACCAUGGAUUUCUCUCUGCCUUCCACAUCUGGUCCUUCCUUCUCCCACAGCAA